AUGAACGUAUUGAAUGACCUUCUCUUUGCAGGCAGCAGGCCUGAGUUCCCAGAUCAGCAGCGAUAUUUGGAGAUUUGAAGCACAUUUUUGGACAAUUUUCGCAAAGCAAUGCGAAAUAUGGGAUCUUUCCUAAUUGAAAUUAUUCAGAGUUUUGAUCAAUACGGCAAAUCGAUCUCAAAAAGUGGAAAGAACUUAAUUUUUCAAUUAUCAAAACUAACUAUUCUUAAUUAGAUAUUCUAUCAAAAGCUAGUAAAAUUAAGCUAAAGUUCAAAAUAUAUGAAUUUUUUAUCAAAAAUGGAUUAAAGUGCAAAGCCCUAUAAUAAAAAAAGAAAUUACUAUACAAAAAAUAACAUGAACUUAGCCGAAUGUAUAAAAGCAUUUGGAAACUACAGCGAUUUGAUUGGGAAUAUUUAUAUAAAGAGCUCAACUUCACUAAAUAGUAUGAUUAUUCAACGUGUUAACAAAAUCUCAGAGGAUGCUUCCCAAUUUCGAAAAAAGAUGGUUGAUGAAGCUCAACAAGCUAUGAGAGAUUUAAGCCAAGCCAGGUCAAUUUAUGGAAAAAUUAAAGCAAAAUAUGAUAAAGCGUUAAAAGAAAGAGAAUCAACAAUUUCUGCAUAUAAAAAAGUAAAAAAUGACCCAAAUACAAAUUACCAGCUUGGAAUUAUACAAAGAUAUAAAGAAAAAGCUAAAUCUUCAAAAAAAGAACUUCUAGAAGCUCAAGGAUGCUUACUACCCUCUCCAAACUAUUGGAAAAAUCAUUAUUUUUUUUUGGUAUAACCCCUCUCAAUAAGAUAAUUAAAAUUUUUUAAUAAGACCUCAAACUAAUUCUAUUCAAUAAAGAGAAGAAGGAGAAAGGUUUAAUGGCUAUUAAAUUUAUAAAAAAAUUUAUCAAAGACUUGUAAAAUAAAUCUUGUAAAAAAUUCUUGAAAAAUUUUCCAUCUUCUUUUCUGAUGACGUCAUCAAAAUUAGUGGCGUCACCAUCUCUCGGAAGGAAAGGAAAGGAAAGGAAAAUUUAUUUAGGGAUUUAUUGAUGGGGAAGCUCACCUCACUUCUCCUAGAGCACAAAAGGAGGGCAAAAACCCUUAAAGGGAAAACCUCCAGCCCCAUCUGAUAAUUUAUCGAUCCGCCCAUGACCACCCUUGACUUCGAACCCGUUUCUACGCUUGCAGUAUUCUCCAAACCUAAGUAUUGGACAGGUUUGCCCUGCAGGGACUUUCCCACCACCAGAUCGCCUUGGCUGUUAAUCUCCUUGUAUGCCUUAAAAGUUCGCCAACCCCUGUCCCACCGGACCGAUGACGCCAUUUUAAUUCACCAAGUGUAAAUUAUACCAUCUCUCGGGAAGAUCCCUGAUCCUUCUGAAUCCAAGAUCUAGUCGCUGCAGGUCCUAUUCCAGAGGAAAAUAGGCUAAAGAUAAUUUUUCUAGCCUUAUUCACAUCCCCAGCUCAACACGAAGCUUCCUAGCACCUUGACUCCGUAAAGUCAUCCUGAAUUUGAUACUGCAUAUCUCAAGAACCUAGUGAAAGCUCAAUUAUGCUGGUAAAAACUCACCCCAGACCUUCCAUCAGAUUGGUGCUUAAGUGUAGGCCAAUUUUUUACCUCUCGGCGCAAAAAAUGAAAGUAUUCAAUUAAGAAGAUUGCAAUUUAAAACAUAAAUUGUAUAAAAUUUGUUUUAAACCAUUGAAAAAAAUAAAUUAAAAAAAAGAUUAGCCACUCACCCGCUAAUGCAGAGGAGGGGGAGCUAGGGGAGCACAUAAAUAUGACAGAUCAAAAGCAUGAGUCAUUAGAAAAAAUUUUGGCUUUAUCUAAUUCUCAGAUUGUGGAACUAGAAAAAGAAUCCAUGCAAGUUUUGAGAGGGUUAAUCGAGUCUAUUAUUUGUAUGAUAAAAAACAUUUUAGUGCUAAAAAAAGAGCAAUCAGAUGCAAGAAUUGAUCAAUCAGCAGAAUUGGCAAAUAUUACACUUGAUUUAAUGGUGCAAUCUAAAGAUAAUGAAUUAAAAAGUAUCCUAUGCCAAAAAAAUCUAAACUAAAUAAUUAUUUUAUAGAAAUUAUUAUUUUAUAAAAAAAAAAUCAUUUUAUUUUAAUAUUUAUUAUAAAUUAUCAUACAAAUCCUAUAGAAAAUUUAACUAUGAAAUUAGAAUCUCGACUAAUGUCUUGUGAUGACAGAGCCAAAGCUCUUAAAGCAUUUCGGACUUAUUUAUAUGAAAUCUGCUCAAGCGAUGAAAUUUUCGGAAAAACACUAGAAAAAAUAGGAAGAGGCCUUACUCUUUCAGACAUAAUUGCCAAUAAAAAAGAGUCAAAAUCACUAUGGCUCUCAUUCAACACUAUGAUUCUAGAACUUUCAAAAGUCCAUUUAAAUAACUGUAAAGAAAUCAACAGAGCAACAGGAGAACCUAUUCAAAAUUUAGUAAUUUUCCAAGGAAAUUUAUGCAAAAGCUUGCAAUCAAUUGUACAAAAAACCAUAAGGGAUCAUUCUAUCGUACAAGAAGAAGGACUCAAAGAAUUCGAAAAAAUAAAAAGAGCUGAUGAUAAAGCCCAAAAAAAAAUCCAAGAAAUUCGUGAAAGGAUCCAGACUUCAAUACAAAACACGGAGCACCAAGUUUUAAGCUCUUUAGCUGAAAAUUCUAACCAAGAAGCAUCUCAGCUUCAGUCUUUAAAAGCAAUUUUGUCUAAUUUAUAUAAAUUAGAUAGCCAAUUAAUUGAUUUUUUACAUGAGGCUAUCGACAAAGGCACAAAAGUUUUUGAAAAUUUAAAUAUUGAGGAUGAUUUUAAAGAUGUAGUUUUAUAUGAAAUUCAGCCGCCAACUGAUAGAGCUAUGGAUAUACAAACCCCAGCGCCACAUUUAGAGACUGAAGAAGAUAUAAAAGAAGGAGACAGUAAAGCUGAUGAUAAUGAUAUUUUUUCUAAAUUUCAGCUACCAAUUGGGUCGAUGUUUGUGGAAAGUUAUUCAUGUGCAUUUUCACAGAAAAUCCUUCUACAAGGGAGGAUGUAUAUAACAACUACUCACAUUUGUUUUCAUUCUUAUGCUUGUUUAAAAUAUAAUAUAUUUAGUAUUGACAAUUUUUAUCUUAUUUUAUUAACUAAAUAAAUUAUUUGCUAAAUCAUAAAAAAGGGCUGCUCAUUUUUAACUAUUUAUAUUUCAAUUCAACCACUAUUUUUGGCAGAGAAACUUUAAUUGCAAUUCCGCUAAAAGAAAUAAAAAAAAUUGAUAAAAAAGUCCAUGGUCUAGUAUUUGAUAAUGCUUUAAGCAUUGUUACUGAUACAAAUGAGUUCAUUUUUGCUUCGUUUUUUUCUAGAGAGCAAGUAAAAGCGACCAUUGAAAAUUUAUUAAAAAUGAACAAACCAAAAUAUAAAGAAAUCACAGAAUUUAAAUGCGAAUUUAAAAUAGAAAAUAGACCUGCAAGAUUAGAACUGGGGAAAUUAAUGAGAAAAGUCGAUGGUAAAAGCAAUAUUAAUUCAAGCCAAAUGAAGCCCAAUUCUCUUUACAAACACAUUAUUAUAGAAUCAUUAGAAUUUGAAGUUUCCGCACAAAAAAUUUUUGAGCUUUUAUUUUCUGAUAAUUCCAAAAAUUUUACGUUAAAAUUCCUAGGACUGAGGGGAGACACCGACAUAAACAUAACGCAAUGGACCCCACCCCCUCCGAAUUUUUACCAAAAUAUUCCAGGAGAUGCCUGAAAUUAUUCCUCCACAAGAACCGUUGACUAUACACACCCAGUGAAAGAAAGAGUAUUGAUGAUGCCAAAAACCUGCAAAUGUAUGGAAAACCAAACUAUUUAUUUUGUUUCGAAUACAGAAUUUAUUUUUGAGACAGAAAUUACCACAAGUGGAGUCCCUUUAUCUGACUGCUUUGUAGGGCAUUUUAGGUGAAAAGUAAUAGGAGACCAAAAGGUAGCAAUGCAGUCUAGUUCUGGGAUGGAAUUUGUAAAGAGCACAAUGUUUAGAGGUAAAAUAGAGUCUGCAGGGACUAAAGAAACUAAUGAAGUUACAAAAGAUAUUUGGCUGCCACUUGCAAGAAAUGUGGUUAAGGAAAGCUUAGGACAAAAAGUUGAUGAAAUUGACGUGAAACCAGCUGUAAAAGAGGAGGAAAAAGGAAAUAAUAGUAUGCAGUAUAUUCAAUAUGUGAUGAUUGGGGUACUGCUGAUUGUGCUAUAUAGGCUUUGGUCGAGAAUUUGCAGCCUGGAAAAAGAAGUUGCAGAUUUAAAUGAUAUAGCUCAUGCACCGCUAUUGGUCGCCAUCAUUGAAGAUUAUUAUACGCUAUAAUUGACUUGAUUCUUCUACAUUUUAGACUUGAACAUCAUUUGAUAAAACAUUCAGAAUUAAAUAAAACUUCUUAAGUCACAAGUUAUUUUAUUUUAUUGAUUUUAUUUUAUUUAUAAUUUAAUAUUUCUUCUCUCUCGCACUAUAUAGAAAGUAGCGAGAUUUUGCGGGAAAAAAGCUUAAGCAAAAUUUUGGGGAUCCAAAGUGAAACGUGAGUAGUGAGAAAUAAGUUAACAAAUAAGCGGGGCCAAUUUUUAAAAUGGUAUUAUUAUAAAAUUAAUUUAAAUCAGGAUAUCCUAUUAAUUUGGCAUUAUACAUGAAGUUCUUAAAGCCUCAUAUUAAGUGGCUAUAGUAAAAUUAAAAAUGGCUAUUUAUCAAAUUUCAAAAAAAUUAUGUUCUAUUGCGUGUUUUAGCGGUUGGUUAACUUUUAAGAAAGCAAUACUAUUUAAAUCUGAUUAAUUGAACUUGCAUAUUCAAAGUUAGGAGCUUUUGAAGAUCACUCUAGAUGAAGUUCUUAAAGCCUCAUAUUUAAUUAGUUAUAGUAAAUUAAUAAUAGCUUCCAAACAAUUAUUUUUAUUUUGUGCUUAAGCGGCCAGUUGAACUUUUAAGAAAGGAAUACCAAAUUAAAUCUCAUUAAUUGAGCUUUUAUACAGCUCUUUAGGAUUAUUCUAAUGAAAUUCUUUAAAGGCUCAUAUUAAUUGACUCUAGCAAAAUGUAUUUUUGAAAGAUAUUUUUAAUAUUUUAAAAUUAUUUUGAUAAUCAUGCAAUUUAAAAAAAUUGGCUGAUUUAUUUGUAAAUUUUCAACCAUUUUUGACGUUUAACUUUUGGAUCCCCAAAAUUGGGCUUAAGCUUUUUUUCUCGCAAAAUCACUACUUUUCAUAUAGAGUGAGAGAGAAGAAUCAUUAAUUAUAAAUAAUAUAAAAUUAGAAUUAAAUUACCUGUGACGUAAGAAAUUUUAUUUAACUCUGAAUAUUUAUCUAAAUGAUGAUGAUUCAAGUCUAAAAUGUCGAAGAAUCAAAUCAACUAUAGCUUAUAAUCUUCAAUGAUGGCGAUCAAUAACAGUGCACGAGCUAUAAACUUGAGCAUUAUAUUUAA